GAGAUGUGCAGUGAAGAGGAGGUGGAGUAUCCUCACUAGCCUGCAAUAACUUGAUUGAAUCUGACAGGAAAAAAAAACACUUCAGUAACUCUUCUGGCAAACAUAGUCUCAUCUCAUUGUAAAAUAGCUGGAGAAUCUACACUGAAACCAUGAUUCCCCUGUUAACGGGCUUCUUUGUAUUGUUUUCUCUCCAAAGCUCUGCACUCCCCUUGCAAAAUGGCUCCCUUCCCCUCCCUCGGACUUUUUCUGGUCACUUUGUGAUGGCCACUGAUGAGGCUGUCGACUAUAUUGAUCUGUCUGCGUUGGACCUUUUGAGGGAUGAUGGAGGUUCUGGUUUCAGUUCUGAGCAGGAGUCGGUAAAAAGACGCCAUCAUCAUGCCCAGAAGCAGUUUUUUGUCUCUGAAGAAACCAAAGCAUUUCUCCAGGGUCGCCUAUCAACGAGCUUCAUCCCGACUGUUUACAUCCUCGUCUUCAUCAUCAGCGUGCCCCUCAAUCUUGUUGCCAUGGUAAUGUUUGUGCGUCACAUCCGUCCCAGGAAGCCAGUGGUGAUCUACAUGCUGAACUUGGCCUCUGCGGACCUGCUGCUCGGCCUGCUGCUUCCCUUCAAGAUUGCUUACCAUUACCAUGGCAACAACUGGAUCUACGGCUCCUUCAUGUGCAGAGUUGUGACUGCGGCCUUCUACUGCAACAUGUACUGCUCUGUCCUGCUCAUCAUGUGCAUCAGCGUCGACCACUUCCUGGCUGUGGUUUACCCCGUGAACUCGCUGACGUGGCGAAGCCCGCAGACAGCCUCAGCUGUGUGUGCUGCUGUGUGGCUGUUAUCUCUGGGAGGAGUCUCCCCUCUGCUGGUCUCAGGACAGACUGUCUACUUAUCAGACCUCAGCAUCACCACCUGCCAUGAUGUGCAGGAUGUGGAGAAACUGCAAGCUUACUACCUCUACUUCUUCCCCAUCUACUCCUCUGUCUUCUUCUUCAUCCCUCUAAUGUUCACUGUUGUCUGUUACGUGCAAAUCAUCCAGGCUCUGGCAGCUGCCAAUGUGGAGAAUCUCUCCAGGAAGACUCGGGCCGUGGUGAUGGCUGUGGUGGUGCUGCUGGUGUUUGUGGUCUGCUUCACCCCCACCAACAUCAUCCUGAUGGUUCACUAUGUUCAGCUGGCCCACAGGUCCGGCGACAGCUCCUACCAGGCCUACCUGCUCUCCAUGUGUAUCGGCAGCCUCAGCUGCUGCCUGGAUCCGGUCCUCUAUUACUUCGGCUCCUCUCAGUGCCAGAAGCAGGUGGCAGCACUGCUCAGGUGGAGGCAACUGGAAGGAUCAGAGAGUAGCUCAGAAACACACAGUACAAGAUCCAGUGGGUGGACAGAGAGCAGCAGAUCAUGCAAGUUGGAAGGCGUUCAGGCUGGUCUGGGGAGCCAAUACAGCAGACUGGAGGAUUAAAUCAACAGACAUGAGGAGCCUGAUUCUGAGAAACUUUUCAAACUUUCACACACAUCCACCGUAUGAUACAAUCAAGUUGGAUCAAAAGAAAUCUCCAGUGCCCUGCAGUGCUGGAUUUAUUUUACUGAAGCGAGCAUAUCUAGUGUAUCCGUGUGUACCUGGAAAAGCAAUUAGCUUCUAUGCUACUUUGUAAUCUUAGAAUAUCUAUUAACCACUAUGACAGUGAGCUGAAGUCACAUAGCAAAACAUUUGUUGUCAUUUGUUUCAGAUUUCUGUCAUAUUCUUGCUUUCUUUGAAAUAUAAAUAAUACGCAUUUUGUGCAUCGAUAAUAAUUCAGGUUCAAUUCCAAAAAUGUUACAAGUGAUGUAUUAACUGCAAUAUUUUCAGACAAAAAAUGUGCUCUCUAUAUGAUUUUAAUAAUGCAAUACAGGAUAUCAUCAUCUGUUACAAGUUUCAUCAAGAAAAAUGCAAAGUAGAUUGAAUCAUUAAUCACUUGAUGUACUGGCAUUCGUGAAGCCAACAAUAUGUGUAAAAUACAGAUAAUUCAGUCAAAACAAAUAACAUAUUUUUUCUUAACACAAA